CGUAGCGCGGAGAGUGGACACGCUCUGUCGUCGGACACGGUAUGACGAAAUAAAAUGUAUUUUAUCAUGGUCGGACUCGGACAGUAAUAAUCCCGAAUUACGAGUUACAGCUGAGUAAAACGAGUAUAGUGAAAACAGCGAUCAGUAGUGACCCUUGUGUGCCACUGACUAGGCGCCAGCUCGAUGUUAGUAGUCUGUCUUUUUCAUCAGUUGGUCGUUAACCGCAUUCCUGUGUCACGGGCGGCAGAGGAAUGUCUGUAAAUCACGUAUUAUACUAUUACAUAAUAUAUAAUAAUAUAUGUGUACGUGUACAGGAGAGAACAAGAUCGGUGUUCUUUUAGAAUCGACGGCAGCUGCUAUCGACUUAAGUGGGCAAUAAAUAUUAAAUUAUACUACUACCAGUCACCUCUAUGACACACACUUAAUUUAAUAUAUUAUACAUUUAGUGUUAUGUGCGAAUUGGCAUUUGGCAAAAGGAAUUAGUGUCAAACCCAUAAAUACAUACACACAGUGGUUGCUAUAUUAUAUUAUUUUAAACAAUUUUUGACGCAGUGGUGUCUGUAUAACUAUAUACAUAAAACAGUAUACACUAUAAUUACAGGCUGAAUUUUUGAAAAUAAAAAGGAGAAAAAUGUCUUCCAGUAAAGAUGGUGAUGAAAACGAAGCUGUAACUAAUUUCCGAGAAUAUUUACGUAUUCCCACAGUUCACCCUGAUGUUGAUUAUAGUAAAUGUGUGGAAUUUCUAUUGCGUCAAGCACAAAGCUUAAAUCUGCCAUCAAAUAUUUAUUAUAUGGCUCCUGGCAAACCAAUAGUAGUAAUAACAUGGCUUGGACAAAAACCAGAACUUCCUUCUAUACUACUUAACUCUCAUACGGAUGUUGUUCCAGUUUAUUCCGAAUUUUGGACUCACGAUCCAUUUUCUGCACAUAAAGAUAAAAAUGGAAACAUUUACGCUAGAGGAGCACAAGAUAUGAAAUGCGUUGGAAUUCAAUACAUAGAAACAAUACGGAAAUAUUUAAAAGAUAAAUUAGUUUUUGAUAGGACUAUACACAUGUUGUUUGUGCCUGAUGAAGAAACAGGAGGACAUUUAGGAAUGAAAUUGUUUGUUGGUUCACCUGAAUUUGCUUCAUUAAAUGUGGGUUUUGCAUUAGAUGAAGGAUUAGCUAGUAACGAUGAUAGUUUCAGUAUAUAUUAUGGAGAACGAACUCUAUGGCAUCUCCAAAUAAAAUGUACUGGUACACCUGGACAUGGGUCUCUAUUACAUGAAAAUACAGCUGGAGAAAAGUUGCAUUAUGUCAUUAACAAGUUUAUGAAUUGGAGGGAACAUGAAAAAUUAAGAAUGAAGAGUUGUAAAUUGGGUCCUGGAGAUAUCACAUCAAUAAAUUUAACGAUGGUAAAUGGAGGAUGUCAAAUUAAUGUAGUGCCACCAGACUUGACAGUUAGUUUUGAUGUACGACUGAGUAUUGCAGUAGAUGUUAUGACAAUAGAAGAAACUGUUAGAAAAUGGUGUGAGGAAGCUGGUGAAGGUGUAACUUUGGAGUUUAUCGCUAAAAGCCCAUACAUUCAACCUACAAUAAUUGGACCAGAAAACCCUUGGUGGGUUACAUUUAAAAAUGAAUGUGAUAAAAUGAAUUUGAAAACAAAAACGUAUAUAUUUCCUGGCGCAACAGAUAGUAGAUAUAUUAGAGAGAUUGGUAUUCCAGCUUUGGGAUUUUCACCAAUAAAUAAUACUCCUAUUCUUUUGCAUGAUCAUGAUGAUUUUUUGAAUGAGAAGACAUUCCUGGAUGGCAUAGAUAUUUAUUAUAAUAUUAUCAAAAGCCUUGCAUCUAUUUGAGUUACAUUUUUUUAUUUAUCUUAAUAUGUUAAUUAAUUUUAAUGAUGAAAAGUUACAAUAAUUGUUAUUAAUUAUAAGAAUAUUAAACUCGAGAUUUUACUUUAUAAGAAAAAAAAACAAUUUGGGUUUAAAAAUUUUAAAUUUAGUCCUACUUAUUUUGAUGAAAUUUAAUUUUUGUUAAAAAUGUGAUUUAUUUAAAUAAUAUACAGUAAACUCUUGCAAGUGCAAUACUCUGGUAUUUUCAGUAACCCAGCUAAAUUUUUU